AUGGCAGUGCCUAAAGCCAUUGUUCUACCUCUCCUACUACUCACAUGUGGUGCUGCUCUUGGAGCUCCUGCUUAUGAAGGAUACCUUCGUAAUGGGAACUUCGAGGAGUCUCCCAAGAAAACCGACAUGAAAAAAACAGUUCUCAUCGGCAAAACCGCCUUGCCCGAAUGGGAAAUCACCGGUUUCGUCGAGUACAUCGCCGGUGGUCCUCAACCGGGAGGCAUGUAUUUCCCGGUGGCUCACGGGGUCCACGCCGUGAGGCUCGGAAACGAAGCCACCAUCUCUCAGAAGCUAACAGUGAACCCAGGCUCUCUCUACGCGCUCACGUUCGGUGCGUCGAGGACUUGCGCUCAAGAAGAGGUUCUUCGAGUCUCUGUGCUCCCUCAGACCGGCGACUUGCCGCUUCAGACGCUCUACAACAGCUUCGGAGGUGACGUGUACGCUUGGGGUUUCGUUCCCAAGACUUCUGAAGUUACAGUGACUUUCCAUAAUCCUGGCGUUCAAGAAGAUCCAGCUUGCGGUCCAUUGUUGGACGCUGUCGCCAUUAAAGAGCUCUCUCCUCCAACCUACUCCAGAGGGAACUUGGUGAAGAACGGAGGGUUCGAAGAAGGACCACACCGUCUAGUGAAUUCGACACAAGGAGUGCUUCUUCCACCUAAACAAGAAGAUGUCACAUCGCCUUUACCUGGUUGGAUCAUAGAGUCACUCAAGGCAGCCAAGUUCAUAGACUCGAAGAACUUCAACGUCCCAUCUGGUAAAGCAGCGAUCGAGCUUGUUGCGGGCAAAGAAAGUGCCAUUGCACAAGUCAUUAGAACUACACCUGGUCAAACCUACAGCCUCUCGUUCGUCGUUGGAGAUGCUAGAAACGACUGCCAUGGAGACCUGAUGGUUGAAGCUUUUGCAGCCAAAGAUACACUCAAAGUGCCGCACACUUCCGUUGGUGGGGGUCACUUUAAGACCGCGAGUUUCAGGUUCAAGGCGAUCGAUGCAAGAACUAGGAUUACUUUCUACAGUGGUUAUUACCAUACCAAGAAAGCUGAUAUUGGAUCUCUCUGUGGUCCAAUCAUUGAUGAUAUUGUGGUUUCUCAUGUCGCUUAG